AUGCAACAUCCUCGGGAAGUAGUCGAUAUGUUCAACGAAUUUAAGUCUGCGUAGACGAAUUUAUUGAAUGUGAAAGAGUUUUUGGAAUUACUCUAAGAAUCUGGAAUGGACAGAAGCUGUUAAUUGUUAUAUAAGAAAUUACAUAAGAAAAGAAAUGAGAAUUUGAAUUUGAAUUAAUUUGCGGAGAGUUUCCAUUAUGAUUCCAGUGAUUUUGAUAACUUUGAGAUGCUAUUCCAGAUCAUGGACACAAGCAAUUCAAAAAAGAUAAGCAAGUAGGAAUUAAAAAAAUAAUGUGAUAUUCUGGGGAUGGGAUUUAGUGAUAAGGACAUAGAUAUCAUGAUCAAUCAAAUUGGAAGUGAGGAAUAAGAUGUUGUAUCCAGAGAUAAAUUAUGGAGUGUAUUACAAUAAUAUAAAAGUCAUGAAAUUCAUCAUUAGUGA